GUUAGGACACUGGUGAAUGUUUUGGACGAUAAUGGUCUAAGCCCACUGUAUUUGUCUUUGAAGUUCAAGCAGUUUGAUCUGGCCGAGUACCUGUUACAGAACGGUGCACUGCUGGAUCUGAUAAUCGGGGAAAAUGAACGGAUGCCAACUGCGCAUUACGCUCUGAUGCACAAUGAACUCGAAGCAGUCCAGUUCCUGAUCGGUCAUGGGUUUCAA